AACAUCAAAGCCUAUAGCAGGCGAAACACAUCGGUAGAUUCGUCACUAUCAGGGAAACAACAACAGACCGUUUUCAUUAUAAAACAAAUGCAGAGUAAAAUGUCUACUGAACCUUAUCGCACAUUUGAUUGAACUAAAAACGUACAAAAACUUCCACAUGUGGACAUUUUUGAAUCUGGACGGAAAGAAGUAGAUCCUGCUUCGCCUGACGAAUGUGUAUACACGCGCCAAUGGCGUUCAGCAAUGGUGGCCCCUUUUGUUCGGUCGAGUUCCUGAAUUAUUCCUAUCACAAUGAACUCAAUGCAAUACUGUUUUUUAUCGUAAACAUUUCCAAUGCGUGUGCGCUUGGUGUAAAUCUACCUGGGACCAUUUGAUCGAUACACAUCGGUCUGCAAACCUUCCGAUCUGGUGUGAGAUUUCGCCGCACGCAGUCUCGAGGAACGCGGAGUAAUGUAAAACUGUGUUGGAGCCGUCCCAGCAGUGGCCCUUGGCACAAUGGGGCUAGACUUUGACGUGAAAACAUUCUGUCACAACCUCCGGGCCACCAAGCCUCCAUACGAGUGUCCUGUGGAGACCUGCCGCAAAGUUUACAAAAGCUACAGCGGGAUAGAGUAUCACCUCUACCACUAUGACCACGACAACCCCACGCCUGCACCUAACAUGCCCCAGAAAAAGAGGAAAGGCAGGCCCCCGCGGGUGUCACUCGCGGGCUCCAUGGACGGCGACGGAGGGGGCGGCAAGGGCGGCGGACAAGGCCAGGGGGGGAAUACGCCCGGCAGCCCGUGCCGGUCGGACCGCUCCCACUCACCGGGCCGGGAUACGAUGACGUAUGCCCAAGCCCAGCGCAUGGUGGAGCUGGAGAUCCAGGGGCGCAUCCACCGCAUCAACAUCUUUGAGAACAUUGACGUGGUGUCCGAGGAGGACAGCGAGACGGAGGACCCCCCGUCGUCCGGCACGGGGGGCAGCGGAGGUGCGGCGUGCAACGGCGCGGACAGUGGCGCGGGGGGAAGCGAUGCCGGGGGGAACGGCAAGGACAGGGGGCCAGACACGCCGGCUGCCAACGGUGGCAAAGCCACCCCCAAGUCCGGGAAGCACAAGAGCAAAGAGAAGAAGAAGGAGGGCUCGUCGCAUCACCACAGCGCACCGUCAGGCCCGGCAGUCAAACUGCCCGAGGCGGUGUUCAGAGAGCUGGACCAGGAGAGGCCCGACGCCCCUACUCGCCACUUGUCCUACUACAGGUACAUAGACAAGUCGGUGGAGGAGCUGGACGAGGAGGUGGAGUACGACAUCGACGAGGAGGACUACAUUUGGCUGGACAUCAUGAACGACAAGCGGCGGUCCGACGGCGUGACGCCCAUCCCCCAGGAGGUGUUUGAGUACCUCAUGGACCGCCUGGAGAAGGAGUCCUACUUUGAGAGCCACAACAAGGCGGACCCCAGCUCGCUCAUCGACGAGGACGCCGUGUGCUGCAUCUGCAACGACGGCGAGUGUCAGAACAGCAACGUGAUCCUGUUCUGUGACAUGUGCAACCUGGCCGUGCACCAGGAGUGCUACGGCGUGCCCUACAUCCCCGAGGGCCAGUGGCUGUGUCGCCGCUGCCUGCAGUCCCCCAGCAGGGCGGUGGACUGCGCCCUAUGCCCCAACAAGGGCGGUGCCUUCAAGCAGACGGACGACGCCCGCUGGGCGCACGUGGUGUGCGCCCUCUGGAUCCCGGAGGUGUGCUUCGCCAACACAGUGUUCCUGGAGCCCAUCGACAGCAUCGAGCACAUCCCCCCCGCCCGCUGGAAGCUCACCUGCUACAUCUGCAAGCAGCGCGGCUCGGGCGCCUGCAUCCAGUGCCACAAGGCCAACUGCUACACCGCCUUCCACGUGACCUGCGCGCAGCAGGCCGGCCUCUACAUGAAGAUGGAGCCCGUGCGCGAGACGGGCGCCAACGGCACGUCGUUCAGCGUGCGCAAGACGGCCUACUGCGACAUCCACACUCCGCCCGGCUCGGCCCGCCCCCUGGCCGGGGUGGGCGGGGCCAGCAUGGGCUCGUCCAACAGCGAGGGGGAGCUGGAGGACGACGACGAGCCCAGCAUUGGCCACGACGACGACUCCAAGGGCUGGAGCUCGGAGCGCGCCAAGCGCGCCAAGGCCAAGUCCCGCAUCAAGAUGAAGCGCGCCCGCAAGAUUCUGGCAGAGAAGAGGGCGGCCGCGCCGGUUGUGUCGGUGCCCUGCAUACCCCCCCACAGGCUGGGUAAGAUCACCAGCAACCUCACGGUGCCUCGAAAGAGCCAGUUCAUGCAGAGGCUGCACAGCUACUGGACCCUGAAGCGGCAGAGUCGCAACGGCGUGCCGCUGCUGCGCCGGCUGCAGACGCACCUGCAGUCCCAACGCAAUGUGGAGCAGAUCCUGCCCACGCCGCCACCCAGCAGCGCCAUACUUCCUGUGGGAGAGGGCGAGGAGAAGCCGUCUGCGCUGAAGGAGCAGCUGAAGGCCUGGCAGAGGCUGAGGCACGACCUGGAGCGAGCACGCCUCCUGGUGGAGCUCAUACGCAAGAGGGAGAAGCUCAAGAGGGAGACGAUCAAGGUCCAGCAGAUGGCACUAGAGAUGCAGCUGACUCCCUUCCUGGUGCUGCUGAGAAGCACCCUGGAGCAGUUACAGGAAAGAGACACCAGUAACUUUUUCACCGAACCUGUUCCACUGGCAGAGGUACCCGACUACCUGGACCACAUCGACACGCCCAUGGACUUCCAGACCAUGUGGAACCUGCUGGAGUCUCACCACUACCUCACGUUUGAGGCGUUCGAGUCCGACUUUGGCCUCAUCGUCAACAACUGCCUCAAGUACAACGCCAAGGACACGGUGUUCUACCGCGCCGCGCUGCGGCUGCGCGAGAUGGCCGCCGCCGUGAUCCGCAGCGCACGGCGGCAGGCAGAGCGCAUCGGCUUCGACUACGAGGCGGGCCUGCACCUCCCCCGCGAGCCCAGCCCCGACAGCCCCCACAACGACCGGGACAGGGACAGGGAGCGGGAGCGCGAGCGCGAGUGGGAGAGGGAACGGGAACGGGAGCGGGAGAGGGAACGCGAGAGAGACAGAGACAGAGACCGGCAGAGGGACCGAGAGAGGGAGCGGGAAAGAGACAGGGAGCGAGACAGAGACCUGCCGCUGUCUUCCAAUGAGGAGGAUCUGCUGCUGCCGGAGAACCGCCGGCGGCUGCCUCUGGAGGACCAGCUGCACGUUCUGCAGGCGCGCUUCGACGAGACCAAUGCGGGGAAGCACAGCAUCGGCCAGUCGCGGCGCGCCAAAGCCCUGAGGAAGGAGAUGGCGGUCGUCAAGAGGAAGCUGGCCCACCAGCGGGAGCUGGGCGCCGGCCUGGGCCCCGUGUUGGGCGGGGAGCGGCUCUCCUCCCUCCCCCACCACCCCUCCGUCCCGGGGCGCCACGACGAGGGAGGGGAGAGCAGCAGCCAGGAGAUCGGCGGCAAGGAUCUGAGCGCCUCCUCCUCGGUGCUGGCCCCGGAGGUGGGCCGCCGCACCUCCGUCCUCUUCUCCAAAAAGAACCCCAAGACGGCGGGACCCCCCAAGAGGCCCGGCCGCCCCCCUAAGAACCGGGACCUGGGCCACGGCGGGACGGGGGUGAGCCCCAGCCCCAUCGGACCCCCGCAGCUGCCCCUGCUGUCCCCGUCGCGGCCGAGGAAGAGGCCCCGCAGCCCCCACAGCAGCUCCACCUCGGAGAGCGACAGCGACGCAGAGGAGCUGCUCCUGGGGUUACCGAGCAACGGGUUUGACGGCGGGAACCAGCCGGUGACGGAGAGCUUCCGGGUGUACAGGAACGAGAGGAGCCUUCCGCGGUCCAGCUCCGACUCUGAAUCCACCAGCAGCAGCAGCAGCAGCGCGGCCUCGGACCGCACCAGCACCACUCCAUCCAAGCAGGGCCGCGGAAAGACGUCCUUCUCCCGCUCAGCCUUCCACGAGGACAGCAGCGAGGAAACGUCCGGCACGGAAAACGACUCCUACUCCGUCGGAGGCUCGCGCAGUGUUUCGCACCUGGUGCGUAGUCGCAGCCGCUCUGGGUGCUGGAUGACCUCCGACGACUACUCGACCCUGGACGCCCUAGAUCUGGUUUGGGCCAAGUGCAGAGGCUACCCCUCGUACCCGGCUCUGAUCAUUGACCCCAAGAUGCCCAGGGAAGGGGUGUUCCACCGGGGCGUGCCCAUCCCAGUGCCCCCCCUUGACGUGCUGAAGCUGGGGGAGCAGAUGACCCAGGAGGCCAGAGAGCACCUCUUCCUGGUGCUCUUCUUUGACAACAAGCGAACGUGGCAGUGGCUGCCGCGGUCCAAGCUGGUGCAGCUGGGCGUGGACCAGAAGCUGGACAACGAGAAGAUGCUGGAGGGCAGGAAGUCCAACAUCCGGAAGUCGGUCCAGGUGGCCUACCACCGCGCCAUGCAGCACCGCAACAAGGUGCAGGGGGACCCCAGCAGCGACACCAGCGACAGCGACUGAACACGGCGGCGGCAGGCUCGCCCACACUGGUCCCGGACGCCGCGUGUCGUGAUGGAGCAGGCGGGUGGGGUUGUGGGGGUUGUGGGGGUGGGUGGGCGGGGGUGAAGAGGUGAAGACCCCCAGCCCACCAAGUCUGGGGUCCUGCUGAUGGACACAAGUAGUGGAAGUAGCACCCAGUGAAAAGCACUACAUCCUCAACACACACACACGCACGCACGCAUACACAAGUUUGUUAUUUAACCUGAAAUGUAAGAUAUUGUAUUUAAGAUAAAGGAAAAAGGGUAUUAAUAAUGAUAAUAAUAAUAAUGGUGAUGAUGAUGAAAAAAAAAAAAAGAUGUGUCCAGAAUCAUAAUUCACGCGGAUCGAUCUAAAUGCGUCCUGAUAAGAUGUUUAAGGAAAACAAACAAAGCGGAUAUGAUAUUAAUCGCGUGAAAUCAAGGCGCUCUCAUUUGUCUCCCACACACUUUCUGUUCACAUUCAGACAGGAAAUUCCAAUACUGUACCUCCACAGAACACACACUCUGUGGUGAGGUGACGCUGUGUUGUGCAUCAGCCUUGUUCUUAGUCCUGCCCCCCCCCCCCCCAACCACCCCCACUACCGUGAUGUCGCCGUUUCAAAGAGCACAAGCAGAGACUCCACAGUGCGACUCCCCCCCCCCCCCCCCCCACUCCGAGUCGCCAGGUCUGCGUUGCAACCAAACUGUUUAUUUAUUCCGCUCCCACGAAUCCCGGAACCCUCACCUUGACGGCGGACACGGCUCGGCAGCCCUGAUGUUUAUUUUUUAACCCAACGUUCUUGUUGAUCAUGCCUUUGUGUGUGUGUGUGUGUGUGUGUGUGUGUGUGUGUGUGUGUGUGUGUGUGUGUGUGUGUGUGUGUGUGUGUGUGUGUGUGUGUGUGUGUGUGUGUGUGUGUGUGUGCGAGCAUGUGUGAGUAUCAUGCAGGCUGCUGGUGAAUGAUUCUUGAUGACUAAUCGAAAACUGUCUGUAGUCUCAGGCCAUUGGCUGUAGAAUUUUUUUAUACAUAAAAAAUUGCAUAAAGAUAGAAGUUUAAUAAAAAGAAUUGAGUUUUUAUACAA